AUUUAAAGUCGGGUACUCUGAUCUAAUCGCAUCACAUCGCACCAAAUCACCUCACAUCGGAUCGCAGUGCGACCGUAAUUCACGAAAAUAAUACCAUCAAUCACCGAAAUACUGUCGCGGUACCCAACAGCACAAAUGCCAUCGACACUCGCCAAGCAACGGAAGAUCGCCAUCGUCGGCAGCCGUUCAGUCGGCAAAUCUUCUCUCGCAGUCCGCUACGUUGACGGGCAUUUUGUUGAAAGUUACUACCCGACAAUUGAGAAUACCUUCAGCAAGGAGAUUCGUUACAAGGGCCAGGAGUAUGCGACCGAGAUCGUGGACACGGCGGGUCAGGAUGAAUAUAGCAUAUUGAACUCCAAGCACUUCAUCGGCAUCCACGGCUACAUGCUCGUGUACAGCGUCUCGUCACUGCCCUCAUUCGAAAUGGUCCAGGUUAUCAGGGACAAGAUCCUCAACCAUCUCGGCACAGACAGCGUCCCGAUCUGCAUCGUGGGCAACAAGUGCGACCUGCGGCCCGAGCAGCGGCAGGUGACGCCCGAGGAGGGCAAGGCGCUGGCCGACAAGUAUCACUGCGCCUGGACCGAGGCCAGCGCGCGGUACAACGAGAACGUGGCCAAAGCAUUCGAGCUUCUCAUAGGAGAAGUCGAGAAGUCUCAAAAUCCAAGCGAGCCGUCCGGCGGCGGCAAGUGCGUUGUCAUGUGAGCGGCAGGAAUGUGAGGCUAGCAGUUGG